GGCUGUGGGGGGCGCCUGUCGGGGCGGCCUGGCCUUGCGGGCUGGCGAUUAAUAUUAAGAUUGGAAGUUUGUAUCUUUUGCUGAAUAUUGGAAAUUGAAGUAAUGGCAACAGAAUUUAUAAAGAGUUGCUGUGGAGGAUGUUUCUAUGGUGAAACAGAAAAACACAACUUUUCUGUGGAAAGAGAUUUUAAAGCAACAGUCCCACAUAGUCAAAAUGCUACUAUCUCUGUACCUCCAUUGACUUCUGUUUCUGUAAAGCCUCAGGUUGGCUGUACUGAGGAUUAUUUGCUUUCCAAAUUACCAUCUGAUGGCAAAGAAGUACCAUUUGUGGUGCCCAAGUUUAAGUUAUCUUAUAUUCAACCCAGGACACAAGAAACUCCUUCACAUAUGGAAGAACUUGAAGCAUCUGCCAGAGCAUCUUUUGGAGAUCGAAAGGUAGAACUUUCCAGUUCAUCCCAGCACGGACCCAGCUAUGAUGUGUAUAACCCAUUCUAUAUGUAUCAGCACAUUUCACCUGAUUUGAGUCGACGCUUUCCUCCCCGUUCAGAAGUGACGAGACUGUAUGGAUCGGUUUGUGAUUUAAGGACCAACAAACUUCCCGGUUCCCCUGGGCUAAGCAAAUCUAUGUUUGAUCUUACAAGCUCAUCUCAGCGAUUCAUCCAGAGACAUGAUUCAUUGUCCAGUGUACCCAGUAGUUCUUCUUCAAGGAAAAAUUCUCAGGGGAGUAACAGAAGCCUGGAUACAAUUACUCUAUCAGGAGAUGAAAGGGACUUUGGGAGACUGAAUGUGAAAUUGUUUUAUAAUUCUUCAGUAGAACAGAUCUGGAUCACAGUUUUACAGUGCAGAGAUUUAAGUUGGCCCUCUAGUUAUGGAGACACUCCUACUGUUUCUAUAAAAGGAAUACUUACAUUGCCCAAACCAGUGCAUUUCAAAUCUUCAGCCAAGGAAGGUUCCAACGCUAUUGAAUUUAUGGAAACGUUUGUAUUUGCUAUUAAACUUCAAAGUCUACAAACCGUAAGGCUUAUAUUUAAGAUUCAAACCCAGACUCCCAGGAAGAAAACCAUUGGAAAAUGCUCACUAUCACUCAGAACCCUUAGCACACAGGAAAUGGAUUACUCUCUGGAUAUAACACCGCCUUCAAAAAUUUCUGUUUGCCAUGCAGAACUUGAAUUGGGGACUUGUUUUCAAGCAGUAAAUAGCAGAAUUCAGUUACAAAUUCUUGAGGCACAAUACCUUCCAAGCUCCUCAACACCUUUGACUUUGAGUUUUUUUGUGAAGGUGGGAAUGUUUAGCUCGGGAGAGUUGAUUUACAAGAAAAAGACACGCUCACUGAAGGCCUCCAGUGGAAGAGUCAAGUGGGGAGAGACUAUGAUUUUUCCACUUAUACAGAGUGAACGAGACAUUGUUUUUCUCAUUAAGCUUUAUAGUCGAAGCUCUGUAAGAAGAAAACACUUUGUGGGCCAGAUUUGGAUAAGUGAAGACAGUAAUAACAUUGAAGCAGUGAACCAGUGGAAAGAGACAGUAAUAAAUCCAGAAAAGGUUGUUAUCAAGUGGCACAAAUUAAAUCCAUCUUGAAGACUUCACACAUUAAUUUGGUGAAGAAUUUGACAUUCUUUUAGAAGACUUAUGAUUUCAAUUUGCUACCAAUGAGAAGAGACAAAUCAAUAAAUUUGUCAAUUUAUGGGGGCUAUAAUUACAGUAUAUAUUGUAUCUGACAGAAAAUUUGAUAAGAAAAUAUAAUGAAUUUUAUCAGAUAUCCAAAGUAAAGGAAAUGUUUUAAAACUGUGCAACAAGACACAGAUAGUAAAAUCAAAGGAUAGUAUUAAGAUGACUAAAUAAAUUACAAAGUCUAUGAGAAUAUCAACCACUGAUAGUUCUUUCUAUAUUAUGUUUUUGCUUUUGUAUUUUAAGCUUUACUUAGAUAUUCAAAACCUGGUAUAGCAAGUCUUUUAGUACUAUUGAUAUUUAGAAGACUUUAACAUUACUUCAGUGCUAGACAUUAUUGAUUGGGUCUUGGCUCCACUGUUUACCUCUUGCUAUAUAUUUUCUCCUGGUAAAAAUGAAUUGAACCAUUUCAACUAUUUUCUAUAUUGGGGGAAAGUUUAUGCCCUGUGUUUUAUAAUUUUUUACCCAUAAGACAUCACAUUACCACUUUGUAAGCUACUUAUCUCCAAGAAACUUCAGAAAUAGAAAACUACAUUUUGGCAGGAAUAAUUGAAAACACCAGAAGGUUGAAGUUUAAUUGGAAACCCAGAAUAUACAUACUUUGCUGUUUUCUUCCCUCAAAUAUUUUACUAUUUGUUUUAUUUGGAGUAAAAGUAAGAGUAUCAUCCAUAUGGUCCAUCCUAAUUCACAGAAUUAAAUGAGCUUAAAUAGCAAAUUCAGUAUUUUAUGAUAAUCAGUUCUUCGUUUUUAGUUUUUAAAAUUUAGAUUAUUCUGUAAUUUACAAUGUUUGAGUAUUUUCCCUUUUUUUUUUUUUUUAUUUAUAACCAUACCUGAUUAUACUGUGUAACAAAUAAGUAUUUUCUAUUGUAGUUUUCUUUCCAGUACUUUAAUUAGAACUCAGUAUUUGGAAAUAAUUUCAGUUUAAUUGACCAUAAGAAGUGUGGCCAAAAGAACAGCUUUUUGAAGGGGCAGAUGACAUUAUACCUGAUUUUAGAAAAUCUCACUUUAUUUUUGCUAAUAAGUAGACCAAGUGCUCUGUGUUCUCAGUCUUCCCUUCCCCCCCGCCACAUUCUUACUUUGUCACACACAUGCAGAGAUAGAUGGUGAUAUUUUAGGCCAGAAGUAUGCCUUGCUAUAACCUAAGCAUGCCUUGUUUAUUCCAGCUCCUAUGUUCUAUGUAUAUCAUUAACAUUUUCCCAAAUAAACAUUUAAUUCUCCUUUCCCUAGGUGCCAUCUCCUCAAGCUACAAAAUAUCCAUAUCUUAUAUCCCCUUUGCUUCUACUGCCCUGAUUUUGUGGUACCAGUACUCUCUGCCACUGAACAUUUUGAAAUACUUUUGUUUUAGAUUUGUAAAAAAUGACGUAUAGGUCAAUACUGACAUGGACUUUUAAGAUAAAUCACCUGUGUGAUACUAUUUUGAAUCUGAGACAAAUACAAAUUUUAAAAAUUGUUUUUAAAAAUAGACUUUUUUUUAGAGCAGUUGUAGGUUAACAGAAAAAUUGAGAGGAAGAUAGAGUUUCCUUUCUCCCCCAACAAAGCCCUCAACAGCCUCCCACGCUAUCAGUAUCCUGCACCACAAUGGUACAUUGUUAGAAUCGGUGAACCUACUCUCAAAUAUCAUUAUCAUCCAAAGUUCAUGGUUUACAUUAGGGUUCCCUCUUGGUGUUAUACAUUCUAUAGGUUUUGAUAAAUGUAUGAUGAUAUGUAUCCAUCAUUAUAAUAUAGAGUAGUUUCACUGCCCUAUACAUCCUCUGCAAAUGCAACUAUUUUGAUGGGUACCAAAGAAGUAAAUGUAUUACUGGCUUUCAGAUAAUAAAUAACAGGCUUUAUUGUUUAUUUUAAAAGCUA